CGUUUGCGUAGUCACGUGUCCUGCCAAACUUUAAACCUUAUUUGUUAUGUGUGGCGAUGUCAAUUCAACUUCAUCUACGAUGCCCGUAACUGAAGUACAGUGGAUCGGGGCCAGUUGUGGACGGCACAGCACUUAUACCUUCUACAGAGGUUUCAGAUUAAUUGUCGAUGGUGUGGCGAAAAAUUUCUGUCUCGGAGAGUUUUAUUUUGUGAGGAAUUCCACAGACCAACCGAUAUGCAUAGCUGAACUACAAUUAGUUUGGUACGACGCGAGUACUGACAGCCAGCUUGCUUCCGCGAGGCUUUAUUUUAGACCCGAAGAUACUCCCGCAGGACGCCUUGCAAACCACGGACAGGAUGAGUUACUAUAUGCUGACCAGAAGGUUGUUAUUAAAUGUCAUGACAUGGCUGUAUGGCAGAACUCAGGACUACAAUGGAACUGUGGCAUGUUACCUGUAUGUGAAAGUGAUUUUGUACGCGUCAACGACAAAUACUAUCUGAACAGUGACUAUGCUGGUAAAGAGAAAGAAACUUUAAAAAUUGCCAAGGAGGCAUGGGUGGAAAGAGAUCAUCCUCGCACCCUCCACAUACUGACAUUUCCAGCUUAUUGUCGCUACAGAGCUCUUAAAGAGAGGCUCAUAUCGGGCAUGUUUUUGACAAGAGCCCAGUUGAUGGCAUUGGGUGGAAUUAUUGCAGAACACAAAAGUAUAAGGGUGCUUUUCUGUAGAGAUAGUUUUCAUCAUCCCAGCUUGGACAAGUUUGAAUUGUCUGGUGAUAACAAAGCACCAGUUCUGAAAGGUAGGCCAAGAAAGAAAAAGAAGCUUGCUGCAGAAAACAAUGUGCUCAAGAAGAAACGAUUUGUGGCAGACAUUCAAAAUCACCUUGAAAAUUCACCAGCAGCUAAAAGAUGCAAAGUAUCAGAGGGAGAAGAAAGUACAAGUUCUGAUAUGUCAGAGGGUGUACAAGACAAAAGAAGAGCACCUCCUGCAGUGGGAAGGAAAACUAAGACUAAUGGACCACCACCGUUAAUAAAGCCAGGAAUACAAGUCAGUGACACAGAGAAGGCAAAAACAGCUGAGAUUCUCAAAAUUGCUGCUCAAGAUAUGCCAUUGGCAAAAGUAGAACAUACAAAGAUUCCACCACCUCUUCUUCCUUCAAGCAAGAUAAAGGCAGAUAUGGUGUGUCUCUCACAACCUCUGCAGUCAAGCCCAAAGGAAAUCAGUGCAAAUAUUUCAGAGUGUUCAAGGACCACACCUAUUCAAAAGCAAGUUUUCUCUUCGAGCACAAAGCUAAGGGAUGUUGAAAACAGUCUGAACAUUAAAAAGACUGUUUCACUAAUGAAACCACACUUGACCAAUAGAGUAAGGACAAAUGUUGCAGUUAUACCUGCCUCAAGUCCGAGCUCUACAUCUGAGAGUAGAACAAGCAGAUUACCAAAUUCCUUUACAGAAAUGAAGAAAACUUCAAAUGGGACAGCUGUCACAUACACCCAUAAAGGUGACAACCUGAGGACACACCCAGCUGUCCAGGCUGAUGUACAUUCAGCUACUGUCUUGAGCACCCGACCAGUAACUACAACACAAGGCACCAUCAGUACACAGCCAGCAGCAUCCACUUGUACUGUAAUGCGUAGUCAACCUGUGGCAUGUUUGCCACAGCCCAUAAGCAGUGUGCAGUCAGUUCCAGCAAAAUCUUUGCAAAAUGCCACACCAAUUCCAGGACCCAUUUCAUCUUCAGUGAACAUUGUUGAUGUUACAAAGUCAAGAUUCAGUAAGGAAAAUGGAGAAAAGAUUUUCAGAACGCCUUCUGUUUCAGAUGAAAAGAAAGAGAAUGAGAUGGAGGAAUCUGUUAUGCGCAAAAAGAAGAAGAAAAGACUUAGGGAACCUGGAAAUUUCAAGGAUGAGGUGUAUGAUGAUGAUGAUGAGAAGUUCUUCAUGCAAACCCUACGUGACUUCAUGAGGAAGAAUAACCAGCCACUUGGCAAACUGCCUGCUUUGGGCUUUAAGAAAGUUAAUCUGUGGACAAUGUACAAUACAGUUCAGAAAUUUGGAGGCUACGAUGCAGUGACGGGGAAGCGUCUGUGGCGACGUGUUUAUGACUCACUUGGUGCAAGUACAACUAUAACAAGUGCUGCCACCUACACCAAGAGACAUUAUGAAAGGUUACUCUUGCCAUAUGAGAGGCAUAUUAGAAACGAUCUCAAGAGACAGAUGGAUGAGAAAAAUUCCCCUAUUGGUGACAGUUGUGAACAGAAAGAGCUUCUGGACAAAACCAAGAAAAAACCAGGUUUAACAGUUUCUAAUAACAAAGCAAUUAUGCAACCUAGUUUUCAUACAGACCAGGCUAUAGUAGGGAAGAAGCAGAAUCAGGUCAUUGGAAGGGAUAGAAACACAAAUGAUAACAUUGCACCAGUGUCAUCACAGCAAGGAGCACCUUUAAGAGUGACCUCCACAGCUGAUGUGAAGAGGAAUAUGAUGCACGUAGCCCAUUCUCAAGAAAUGCAACCUGUUAUGACAAUGUCAGCUGUCACUUCAGCCUCCUAUAUGCAAGGAAUUCCGCCAGUUUCUGUAAAAUCCAUCACAGAAGAGUCCAAACCUUGGAGGAACAAGUCAAAUGCAAGCACAGAGCCACCGACCACUUCAUCAUCUGACCGAAGAGAGAGGAUUCUGGCAGCAAAACAAUUUUCACAAGAGGUCACUGUCACUCAAGACAGGAAACAGCAUCGUAGAGAAGGAAUUGGUAGCCAUGAGGAAACAAGUGCAAGAACCAACCUUGUCUAUGCUAAAACCACAGCUGCUGUUGAUACCAAUCUGAAUCAGGCUAUUCCAUCACAGAGGGUCUCUAAAGUUGUGAAUGAUGAUACCCAAGAGGUACCACCUCCACAGCAGUUAAAUACUACUAACAAAGGAAGAGAGGUUAUUGAUUUAACAUCAGAGGACAGUCCUCCAGGGGUAAAGUCUAGGAGUCAGACUGUGGCACAGACUCAGAGAGAAAUACAAGAAAUGUCCAAGGUGCAGAGACCAAUAAUUGGCGGUGGUGAAAAUGCUAGGCAGAGACAUUUUCAGCAAUCACAGAGUAAACAAGAACAAAAUGACAGUUCAAAGCACCACUCCACUAAAGAACAAAAACCCAAGGUAGAAGGAUCCAAAGCUUAUGGUGUGCAGCCAUACAGUGGUCAACCAUUCAAUAACAACAAGGCUCCACCUCGUGUUCAUGAGAGCUCUCCAGGGUUAACAACGAAAAAAGCUUUGGAUGAAGGCCAUCCACCUUUAAAGCAAGAAGGAUCCCACCCCAAACUGGAUAAAAAGAGGCAUAAACAGGCACGGUUGGAAAACUUGGAAGGCCGUUACACACACUCCCCCUCAUCAGAGAGUGUUGACGAGCAUUUUGCAGAAUGGUUACGAAGACAGUCCAGUGGGCAACAGCAACAUCCUAAAUCAAACACCAGACAUCACUACACUCCAGAACAGUAUAGGUAUAGUUAUGUUUCUGAGGACCUCUGUCCUCCAGACUGCUCUUGCUCAUCAUCAGCAAGCAGGAAAGAUGAAAUUAGACCCCCUCCACCAAAGCCAAAGAAGGAGCACUAUGAAGAAGAGCUACCAUUUUCUGGUAUGACAUUUUACCCAGGAAGAUGGAGUCCUUCCUCCAUGAUGGCAGAUCACCCUGAUCUUUACAUAUCCUCUCCUUCUGCACAUUUGCAAGGACCACCAGAUACACUUUCAAAUCACUUGUGUACAGCAUCCAGGAUCUUUAUUCCCACACCUCCUAUGUUUACUCCUCCCUACCACUUGGGUGUGGCACCCAUGGGUCCUGCCUUGAUAUCUGGGGGAGAGGAUCAACUACACAUUCACCCACAUUGUUUGCUGGGAUCUACUUAUCCUGGUACAUCAAACUCAAGGACACCAGAAGGAACCAAUUACCCAUUAUACUCUUUUACCUGAGUGACCAUUUUUGGUAAUGAGUACUUGAGAAAAACUGUAACAGAAGCCCAUGUAGUGGAUAGGAGAAAACAUUCUUAAUUUACUAGAAGAAUAUUGACCAUAAUUUACACAAAUCACUCCUGUACUUGGAAGUCCUCAAAAGUAGCCACUCUUUUAAAAUUUCUUUCUUAAGAUGUUAGGAUUCAGAAGUUUCACAGAACCACGAUAGUGAAUUAUUCAUGCUUUUGUUAAUACACAUCCAAGACACUCAUUUAAAGGGUGGUUAUUUUGCGAGGAGCAUGUGGGGGGCUUUUCAAGUGUAGAUGCUAAGUUUUCACAGAUAUAAAUAUAUAGUUAACAAGGUUGUCUUUCCACUGAAAUGCAAAUUUAAGUGCUGUCAACAUAGUGUGAAAGUACACAUCUUAAAUACUCUUUUUAGAAUAAAUCAGCUGGUCUGAUUCACCUGUUAACUCAGGUAGUACUCACAAUCACUAGCAGCUCUGAAGACUUCCUGUUUGAAUAGUCUUGUCUUGUAGUAGGCUUGAACCGUGUUAUGUUUAGUAAGCAGUCAUUUUUGCUGGCGUUGUAAAUAUAUUUAUUUCGGCAUUCUAAACUCAUCACACAUCUUCCAGAAAUUACAUCACCACGGUAGUUUGAAAAAGACGUAAAUUAUAGGUCACCCAGUAGAACUUCAUUGUUGGACCUUGGAGUCAUUUGUCAUGAAACCCUUUCCCUAUCAAGGGCUUGUGUUACGAGUUUUACAUGGUCAAUUUUUGAUGACAUUCUCCCACUUUCAUUGUAAAUUUUGUGAAUACAAGGUUACCGUUUGUUGCAGUGUGAUGUAAAGGUUUAAAUUUUUAAUUAAUUCGAAAAUGAUUUGGAUAGCAAGAUAUAUUUGCUUAUAAACUUGAUAAUUUAUUGAUAAUUUUAUUGAUUUUUUUUACAUUAAAACCUGAUUAAUUACUGAAUUUUUAUCGAUAUGUUAUGAUUCAAUAUGCCCUUGGUUCAAAGUUCAUUUUCCUAUCCUUCAAUUUUGUCAUCGCACACUAUCAUAUGGUAUUCAAAGGGAACUAAAAUUUGAACCAAAAGCGAAAUUAAACUACAACAUAUGCGAGCAACUCUAUCCUAAGGAAUGGUCCAGUUGAUAACCACUUGUAAUCUUACAAAUGUGCUUCAUUUUCAUGAUUGCCGCCCCUUAGAACCACCAAACGUUAUGUUUUGGGUCAGUUUAUAUUAUAUACAUUCUAGCAAAGUUGGGACCAAUUUUCUUCUGUUCAUCAUCGUGAUCCUUUGAGUUCACUUAAUAUAUAUUGUCAUAUUGCAGAGGUGUGAAAUAUUUUUAGGUGAACACGGCUUUGUAGUAUUUUUCUAAUUCAAAAGGCUAUUUUUGUACAUUAUGUAAAGCUAAAGCAUGUAAUUUGUUUGUUUGUUUGUUUUGGCUGCCUGUAUUGUAUUUAUUUUUGCAAAGGUCACGUCGACCUCAAAUGAGACUUUAACUUUUAUAAAUAGUAUUUUGCAAGAGGUUACUGUAAAUAAACUCUCUUUGAUAUA